CCGUCACACAGCGACCUUGCCGCCAGCCUGGUUCUCUUGGGAGAGUCUCGACCACCCCAGUUUGGGACAUGAGGAAUUUCUCCUAAGUCACACCUGUGCUUUCCUUCGGAAUCGACUCUGAGACGGCUCUGCUAAAAGCCCCUGCAUCCCCCCACCAUGAGCCCCACGCAGUGGGACUUCCCUGUGGAGCUGUGCUGCCGGCCCAUGGCCUUUGUGACGCUGACGGGCCUGGAUGUGGUUUACAAUGCCGUCCACCGGGCCGUGUGGGACGCCUUCUGUGCCAACCGCAGGGCCGAUCGGGUCCCGAUCUCCUUCAAGGUGUUGCCGGGGGACCACGAAUAUCCCAAAUGUAGACCCAAGAGAACGUCCUACGAGUGGUACAUCCCCAAGGGCAUCUUGAAGACCGGGUGGCUGAACAAGCACCUGAACCUGGUGCCGGCGCUGGUGGUUGUGUUCUACGAGCUGGACUGGGACGAGCCACAGUGGAAGGAGAAGCAGUCGGAGUGCGCCACGCGGGUGGAGAUCGUCAGGCAAAGCUUGCAAGGCAGGAACACCAAAGUCGCAGUGGUUCUGAUUCAGAAGAAAACCCCUUUGCCCCCAGGAGAAGACGUGGUUGCUUCCGAGAGGGCCGCGGCCCUGUGCAACGCCUGUGAACUCUCGGGUCAGUCCCUGUUCGUCCUGCCCCACACGGACCACCUGGUGGGCUACAUCAUCAGAUUAGAAAAUGCCUUUUAUGAACACGCUCAGACUUACUACUACACUGAGAUCCGAAGGGUGAAGUCUCAUAAGGAGUUUUUGAAUAAAACAACUCACCAGCUUCUGUUUGUUAGACAUCAGUUCAAAAUAGCUUUCUUCAGUGAGCUGAAACAAGAUACACAAAAUGCUUUAAAGAAUUACCGGACUGCCUAUAAUCUUGUCCACGAACUGAGAGCCCAUGAAACGAACAUUCUGGAAAUUAAGACUAUGGCGGGAUUUAUAAACUACAAGAUCUGUAGGCUGUGUUUCCAGCACAACACCCCACUGGAUGCCAUCGCCCAGUUCCGGAAACACAUCGAUUUGUGCAAGAAGAAAGUGGGCAGCGCGGAGCUGGCCUUCGAGCACGCAGCGUGGAUGUCCAAACAAUUCCAGGCCUUUGGAGAUUUGUUUGAUGAAGCUAUUAAGUUAGGGCUGACGGCUAUUCAAACUCAGAACCCUGGUUUCUAUUACCAGCAGGCCGCGUACUAUGCCCAGGAGCGGAAGCAGCUCGCCAAAGCCCUCUGCAGCCACGAGGCCUCUGUGACGUACCCCAGUCCUGACCCCUUAGAGAUGCAAACGGAAGUUCUUGACUUUUACGGACAGAGAGCCUGGCGACAAGGAAUACUAAGUUUCGAUCUUUCUGACCCCGAGAAAGAGAAGGCGGGAAUUCUUGCCAUUCAACUCAAGGAGAGGAGCGUCGUUCACUCCGAAAUGAUUAUAACUCUCCUGAGCAAUGCUGUCGCACAGUUCAAGAAGUACAAGUGUCCCAGGAUGAAAAGUCACCUGAUGGUUCAGAUGGGAGAGGAAUAUUAUCACGCGAAGGACUACAGCAAAGCGCUGAAACUUCUGGACUAUGUGAUGUGUGACUAUCGCAGUGAGGGGUGGUGGACCCUGCUCACGUCUAUCCUGACCACCGCCCUCAAGUGUGCCUACCUCAUGGCCCAACUGAAGGACUACAUCACCUACUCGCUCGAGCUCCUCGGAAGGGCUUCAACUCUGAAAGAUGACCAAAAAUCUCGCAUUGAGAAGAACCUCAUAAACGUUUUGAUGAAUGAAAGUCCCGAGCCUGAGCCCGACUGCGACCCCCUGGCCGUGAAGGCUGCUCAGAAGCUGUGGGCAGACAGGGUGUCCCUGGCCGGCAGCAACAUCUUCACCAUUGGCGUCCAGGACUUCGUGCCCUUUGUGCAGUGCAAAGCCAAGUUCCACGCCCCGAGUUUCCACGUGGACGUUCCUGUGCAGUUCGACGUGUAUCUGAAGGCCGAUUGCCCCCACCCCGUCAGGUUCUCCAAGCUCUGCGUCAGCUUCAACAACCAGGAAUACAACCAGUUCUGUGUCAUUGAAGAAGCAGCCAGUGCAGGUGACGUGUUGGACCCUUCGGCCCAGGGCCCCAUGUGCUUGCUGCCUGGCAAAACCAGGAAGUUUUUAUUCAAGUUUGUCGCCAGAACCGAGGACGUGGGAAAGAAGAUCGAGAUCACGUCUGUCGACUUGGUCCUGGGCAGCGAGACGGGCAGGUGCGUGGUCCUGAACUGGCAGGGCGGAGGCGGAGACGCCGCAUCCUCCCAGGAGGCCCUGCAGGCCUCGCGCUCCUUCCGCCGGCGCCCCAAGCUCCCGGCCAGCGAGGUGCCGUGGGACGGCUUGGCCAUGCAGGCCAGCACCAUGGUCAUCUCCAGGGUCCCCAACAUAUCCGUGAGUCUGCGCCAUGCGCCGCCUGCCCUGGCCAAUGAAAUGUACUGCCUGGUGGUGGCCGUCCAGUCACAUGAGAAGACCCGCAUCCGGGACGUGAAGCUCACGGCUGGCUUGAAGCCCGGACAAGACGCCAAUUUGACUCAGAAAACACAUGUGACUCUUCACGGCACGGAGCUGUGUGACGAGUCCUACCCGGCCUUACUCACCGACAUCCCCAUUGGGGACCUGAACCCCGGGGAGCAGCUGGAGAAAAUGCUCUUCAUCCGCUGCGGGACCGUGGGCUCCAGAAUGUUCCUCGUGUACGUUUCUUACCUGAUCAACACAACUGUUGAAGAAAAAGAGAUCGUCUGCAGGUGCCACAAGGACGAGACGGUCACCAUAGAGACGGUCUUCCCAUUCGACGUGGCAGUAAGAUUUGUUUCUACAAAGUUCGAGCACCUGGAGAGGGUCUACGCCGACAUCCCCUUCCUGCUGAUGACAGACCUCCUCAGCGCGUCCCCCUGGGCCCUCACCAUUGUGUCCAGUGAGCUGCAGCUGGCGCCUUCCAUGAGCCCCGUGGAUCAGCUGGAGUCCCAGCUGGACAAAGUUGUCUUACAGACCGGUGAGAGCGCCAGCGAGUGCUUCUGUCUGCGGUGCCCGUUGGUGGGAACCAUUGAAGGCGGAGUAGCCACGGGCCAUUAUAUCAUCUCCUGGAAAAGGGCCGCGGCCAUGGCGGACGUGCCCGUCAUCCGCACCCCCGUCACCCUCCCGCAUGUGCUGGUGGAGAACAUCCCGCUCCACGUGGAUGCAGAGCUGCCCUCCUUUGGGCGCGUCCGCGAGUCGCUGCCCAUCCGCUACCGCCUCCAGAAUAAGACCAGCGUGGUCCAGGACGCGGAGAUCUCGGUGGAGCCCAGCGACGCCUUCAUGUUCUCAGGCCUGAAACAGAUUCGGUUGCGCAUCCUGCCUGGCGCCGAGCAGGAGAUGCUGUAUAACUUCUACCCGCUGAUGGCCGGCUACCAGCAGCUGCCCUCGCUGCACGUCAGCCUGCCGAGGUUCCCGAGCUUCACCACCCAGCUGCUCCGGCGCUUCAUCCCCACCAGGAUCUUCGUCAAGCCGCAGGGCCGGCUCGGGGACGACGCUUCUAUUGUGGCCGCGUGAUUCAGGAGCCAGCCCGGCUCUGCGCCCCUCGGCCUCCCGUUGUGAACUGUAGCCUCGAUCAUGGUCAAAGUGCAUCUAUUUUUUAACAGAUAUUAUACCAGCUCUGCGGAGGAACUCCUGCUUCAGAUAUUAGGAAAAAAAUCUAUCCUAUAGUUUCACAAAUAAAUAUUUGGAAUCUGUCAGUGUGACGUGGA